AAGUAGGUCAUGAAUCGGUUGCGUUUUCUUUGUUCUUUCUGCUUGAUCAAAUAACCGUUAUUUUCGAAGUUUUUCAUACUUUGAGCAUUUCCAUUAUCUGGCUACGAUAAAGAUUACUCAAGCUUUGCACACACGCAAGUUAAGUAAUAUGUAAAAUUAUUAGUCAGUUUAAUAUCAAAGAGGCUUUCAAAAAAAAAAAUCAUUGAAUUAUAAUUCAGAGACAUAUUCCAAAUAAUAUCAUAAUGUUGUUUUUAACAAAAAUAAAUUUACCAAUGUUUAGUUUGGGCUUAAAUAAAGAUUAAAGUUUAUUUUUCACACGUUACUCUAUCUUAACAUGGCAAACGCAUUAAUGCCACAUCGUUUAGAUUUGCAAAAUGAUUCUCUUCGGGAAGUAAUUGAGUGGAACUUUCCAAUGGAACAUUUAAAUUAUACAAAAUUUAAAUACUUAAGCCUGGAAACAGAAAUGAGAAACAAAAUGUGGGAGAAUGAAAGUAAAAGAAAUUUUUAUCAGCAGAUAGGUAUUUCGAAUUCAUCACAAGUUCUGGAUCAAAAUCAAAAUGUAUCAAAUGACAUUACUCAUUUUUCAAAUGAAAACCAUGCAAGCAAUUCAAAUUUAACUUCAAGUAAACCUGGUGGAAAAUUUUCCUCAGCAAAUUUAAGUCAAAAUUAUACAAGUAAUGGUAACUAUCAGACAAGUUCAAAUAUUUCUACAGAUUUUUUAUCAAUAUCAUUGGGAGGAUCUCAACAUAUGACUCCAUCAUUAAAUCUUAUUCAAACUGAAAACUUAAUCCAAAAUGGACAAGAAUACGAUAACAUAUUGAUUUUUAAAAAAAGCAAUGAAAAAGAUAUGAAAAGAAAACUAAUAACAAAUGAUUCAUCUAGUGUCAAAGAGGAAUUGUUAGAAAUGAAGUCAAUAUUUACUAAAAUGGCUGCUCAAACUGAAGAUUUGAUUGGGUUUCCAGAGCCAGUACAUCUUGUUUUAAAGCUAAUAAAACUUGAGUGUAACCUUAAAGAAAAAGAUGCAACAAUAUAUAACCUGGAGACUACAAUAAAAAAGCUAAAACAAGAAUCAGAAAAGCUUAAAGAUGACCAUGAAUUCAAACUGGCCUCCCAACAACAGGAAACAAAAUUUUUAAAAGAAAAAAUUGAUUACAAAGCUGAAAUAGAAGCUUCUCUUAAAAGCCGAAGUAAAGAGACAAAUGAGAAAGUCAGUGUAGAAAGACUUAAUGAACACAUUGAGAGGCUAAAAGAAAAAAUUCAAGAAAUGGAAACAAAUAACAUACACAGUGAACAAAAAUUAAAACAGCUUGCACAUGAUGCAGCCAUUUCUCACCAAGAUCUAGAAAAUAUGCAAGAAGUUAUUAAAAAUCUUCAGUUAAAUGAGAAAUCCCAUAAGAUUGAAAUAGAGAGAUAUAUAGCCAUAGAAAAAGAAGGUCUGGAGCGGGAACGUCAAGACAGAUAUCUUUUGUUGGUAGAGCAAAACAAACUAAAACAUAAAGUGGAAAAACUUUCGGAGAACUGUAAGUCGUACCAGAUGAAAAAUGAAGAGUUAUGUCGUAUACAGAAUGAACUUGAGCAAGAGUGUGAUCAAUUUCGAAAGCUUAAAAAAAUGAUACAAGAUCACGGUUUACCAAACCAUGAACAGCUUAUAAUGUUGCAGCAGCAGACUGAAAUGUUUAAAGAUGAUGUCUUAACUGAGCGAAAAGAUCGUGAAAGAGCACAAGCACAACGUGAAAAAAUGCGUAGAGAUCUUGAAAUUCUUCAGAGUAGAAAUCAAUCAUUACAAGAACAAGUAUAUAAAUACCAAGAACACAUCAUGAGACUUAAUACUGGUGAUAGAAGAAUCCUUCAAAAUCAAGAGUUUCUACAAAUGGGACAUCAGGUGACACGUUACAAACCACCCAGCUAUCCUGCAGUGAAUAGUUGGGAUCUGGACACUGAGUUUGCUGGUAACAAGGGAGGUAACAAAUUUGCACGACAGUUAAGUAGUCCUGCUUAUUUUAAUCCAAAAAUUCGAAUGGGGACAGACAUGGCUUCAAACUUGUUAAAAAAUUCUUCUGCUGUGAGCCAAGACUUAACAAGUCCUGUUUUAAAUGGACGUCAAGGUUCUCCAGUAAAUGAUCCUUCUUUAUCAAGACAAUCAAGCUUGAAUGGAUUCCCUAAUAAUGUUAGAGGAAUCUCAAGAAGGCCUCAAAGUUUUGGUGAUAUAACUGACUUUGAUCAAUGGUCACAAGCACAAGGUUUGAAUCAGCAAACUCGAAAUCCAACAGCUGCAAUAAACCGUUCUCCAAGAUCUCCAUUACUGGGACAAAGCAAUGAUCCAUGGAUGGUUCCUCCAUCAAAUGUUCCAAGUCAAGUGAAACAAGUUGGUCAAGGUGGAUCAAAUGAAUUUAAUUAUGUAAACAACAUCUGGUCUCAGCAUGCUCCUACAUUACCAGUUAUUUUUAAUGGUGAAAACUUAAAUAGUAAUAAUAUAGUAAGAAUGCCAUCUACCUUAAACUGGCAACUAAAUGAUAAUCAGUAUCCAAAUCACUCCAAUCGAAUUAAUAGUCCAUAUGGUGGGCAAUCUGAUAGGCUAAACUCACUUAAAAAUUUUCAAGGUAUUGAUACAUGGUCAACCUGCAGUGAUGAUAUGAAUAACAUAGGUGGUAGUCGCACAGCAACUCCGGUGUCUAAUCAAUCAGACUUUGUUAUUAAAGAAGAUAGAGAAAAUCAUGAGAAUGGAUCAAGAAUUCCAGCUGGCUUUCAAUGUGGCAAGUGCAGUGCACGCUACCACGAUACAGAAGCAUUUCGAAGCCAUGUCGAAAAAUGUUUUAAUAACUCCUAAAAAAUCAUACAAUGCGAAUAACGAAGAAUCGACGAAGAAUUCUUAAGAAAGCUAUUUUGGAUAGUUUUUCCUUUUGAUUUAACUUUAAUGUUUUUUUUUAUAAAGUUUACCUUUUAAUUUUCUUUAUAGAACUUCAAAUUUUGUUUGAAGUAUUCAAUAGAACAUAGAUUUAUUUGCUUUAAAAUAAAUAGAUAGAUAUCUAUAUAUAACAAAUAGAUAUAUAUAUAUAUAUAUAUAAACUUUUUCAGUUUCAAUUUUCCCUCAUUAUUAUAAAAGUAUAGUAAAGAAUUUAUGAAAACUUUUUUUGUAAUAUAUAAGCAUAGUUUUAUGACGCCCAUUUUUUAAUAUAUAUAAAGGAAGGAAUGCACAACUGUUAUCAAAAGGAUACCCAGAAGAAAAAAGCAGAUUUAAAUAAAACGAGAUAGUCGGCUCAUUUCUGCUAGGAUGUCCUCUUGUUCAUAUGUUGUACAUUUCAAAUAUUGUUAGCGAUAUUUUAUCGUACUUUAAUGCACGUCAUUUUUACGAAGAUUUUUUUUUCGAAUGAAUUUAUUGAUUUUUUUUGCGACUUAUUUAAUUAUAUUUAUAUUUUCUACAUCAUUUCAAUAUAAAAAAGCAUUUCCGUGGCAAAAAUUGGAAUUUUUAGUAUUUUUUUAUCUUUAUUUUUAUUUUUUGAAUUUUGUUUGUAGUUAAAAAUAAACGCGUUCGCACGUUGCGUAUAUGCAUUGCAUUAUUUUUUCUUUCUUUCUUUUUAUUAAAAAAUGUUAUUGACCUAUUAAAAUUGAAACCCGUUUCUACUAAUUGAAAUUUUUCUGAGAGGUUUAUUUGUUAGAAUUCGAAUUGCAAUUCAUAAAUAAGCGAGUUUCUUAUAUUUUGGUUCCUUUGUUAGUAUUUGCUUUUUUUGUAAAAUAGAUUACAGCGCUAUACAAAUUGUAUUUAACGCAGUUUUUUGUGUAGAUUUUUUCUUCAGAGUUUUUUGAAAUAUAUUUAGAAAGAAAAUAAUAGAUUAAAAGAUAUUAUUAAAUAAUAUUUACAGUUUUAAAAGUGGCAAUUUUU